AUGGCCUCUUCUUCCUCUUCCCCCUACCUCCUUCAUCCUUCUGAUUCACCUAGUCUAAUUCUUGUUUCUGGCCUUCUUACAGGCGACAACUUCCCAAAAUGGCAAAAAGCCAUGACCCGUGCACUCAAUGCCAAAAACAAACUUAGUUUUGUUGAUGGCUCUCUCCCCACCCCUGAUCCUAGUUCUCCCGAAUACAACCAAUGGAAUCAAACCAAAGACAUGGUUCUUAACUGGCUUUUGAACUCCAUCAGCCCAUCUCUAGCCAACUCACUCGAAUUUCACACAAACCCACGUGAUGUUUGGGUUGACCUUCAAUCUCGUUUCAACCACGGCAAUAACGCACGCCUCUAUCAUCUCAAGCGAGCCCUUUCCUCCCUGCAUCAGAAUACCAACUCCAUUCAUGAAUACUACAACAAUAUCAAACAGCUAUGGGAUGAAUUAAGCCAUCUUCAAAACACCACUGACCUCAAAGAUAUGCAAAAACAAGUUGAUGAUGAGCGUGUCUUUCAAUUCCUCCUUGGCCUAAACGACUCCUUUGCCCAACUCAGAACCCAAAUCCUUGCUAUGGACCCCCUUCCUUCAAUCACCAAAGUUUUUUCUAUUUUAUUUCAGGAAGAGCAGCAGCGUCUCCUUCAACUUCAACCACCACCGGCGGAUUCCAUGGCCUUCGCUGUCAACUCCAACCACUCACUGAGCCACCUCCGUUGCACCGAAUGUGGAAAACAGGGCCACACCCGUGACCGCUGCUGGAGGGUCAUCGGCUACCCAUCAGGCCGAGACCCACGUACCAAGCCACGCCCCUCCAUCCUCGGCAAACCCCCCUCUGGUUUCACUCCGGCUGCCAAUCAAGCCUCCUGCUCCACCGAUUCUCCUCCCCUCCUCGGAUUGACGCCGGAUCUCUACCAGCAACUUCUGGACCUGCUCAAACCGAAACCUACUCCUUCAAACUUUGUUGGACCCACAGUCGACGAGGCUGAUUGGAGCGGGUGA